GUGUGUGUAUUAAUGUGAGUUUAUGAAUACAGGUCCUGGCCCAGUUUAUAAAUUGCCAACAUUGGUCGGCUACAGUGGCCAUGAUCCGUCUCGACACAGAAAUCCGGCAUAUAGUAUACGCGCUCGAACUGGUAUUAAGACUUAUGCAAUAGGGCCCGGCCCUCGUUACAAUAUUAGAAAUUUAACAAAAUCUGGGAUAGACAAUCCUCCCGCUUAUACAAUCAGAGGAAGGGAAGCAUGGAAACUGCGGGACUAUGCUCCUGGACCUGGAGCAUACUAUCCCGAGAUGUGUCCACCAAUGAAUCACAAUCGUAGAGCGCCAGCUUAUAGUAUCAAGUCCCGAGAUGUGACAAAGUUCCUAGAUGAAGGACCUGGACCGAAUUUAUACCUUUUACCGACGUGCAUAGGGCCCAAAGUACCUGACAAACGUGCUCAGGGUGCAUUCUCUAUGUAAGAAUGUGAAUGAAACUGUCAUUAACCUCUAACAACCAACGUUCAAGCAAAAUUUUUCGUAUUGCGUACGCCGGUACAGCACGUGCUACACGAGCCUAUACGUCGCCUAAAAAAACUUUGUUGGUAGGGGAAUAUGGCGCGUCUCAGUAGCAUUUUUUAACUGCUGUUAUUUUAAUAGUUAUGUCCGUGUGAAAAAUUCAUAGUGCACGACUGAUCUCAACUUGAAUGUCCUGUUUCAAGCGAUGUAUACUAAACAAUAAUACAUAUGUUAUUUUGCGCAAUAAAUUUUUUUACAGUUUUUUUAGGGGGGAAUGGGUAUAUAAAUGCAAAUCAGCAUCAAUUAUUAUAUUAAAUUAAUUAAUUAAAAAAUCAUGAUAUUAUUAAUUGUUAUUCGACAUGCUGUGUUACGACCGGAAAAACAAUUUGGCGCACGUUCUGGUUGAAUUUGAAGAAGUAUAUAAAAUCAUACAAAUAAUUAUAGACACUAAGAUCU